AGGAUUUUACAUCGGCAAACUGGCGCCGACAGCGCGUACGAGCGCCCAGGGCUGCCUCGCGCCACUAUAAGCGUUCAAAAACGAACGAAGGGCUGCCCCCGACAUCAUCGACGCGCCUACGACAAAUAACCAUGGUCAACCUCCACGCCCCCAAGCGGACCAUCCCGCGCACGCGGCCGAAGAAGCAACCGAAAGCGGAGCCCAAGGACUCCAUCCGGGCGCAGCUCGACCAGGCCCAGCAAGGGUUAGAUAGCAUGCGGGAGCUCGUCGACGUUUUGGAGGCCGAGAACGUGUCCUUCGGUAGAUAUAUUGAAAGUGCCAAAGGAAGUUCUAGUGACGAGGAACCGGAACGCCAGCGGGGCGGCCUCGCGGACGACGGCGAGUCCUGCUUCCUGACGGGGCUGCACCACCCGGGCGUGUCGCCGAUCGCGUCGCCCCGGCGCGUCGACGAGUCCGAGUCCGACACGGCGUCUUCCUCAUCCUCGGAGUAUGAUGGAGAGGCGAAGCUCGAGGCGGCGAUGUUGGAUUGUGCCGUCGCCAAGCGAAAGGCCAAGCGGAACGCGCGGCGCGGCACUAUCAAAUUACGCGCGGACGACGAGCGCGAGGUCAAGUCGUAUCAGGAAUCGGUGGAUAAGCUCAAAGCCGAAAGAAGGCGCAAGGAGGAGGACUUACAACCGAAGCCCAUGGUGCGGACGGUGCACGACUGCCCCGAAGCGAUUUCGAGGUUGGCCCGGCCCGAGCCGAGGCCCGAGCCACGAAUCUACUCGGAACCCCAACCCACGUUCCAGGCGAAGCCCCUUCCAAAAACGUACGGCGCGCCCGCCGCGCGGAGCGGCACGAUCGUCGAGCGCUCGCAAGCGUGGCUCGCGGAGAAGCGCGCGCUCCGCGACGCGGAGAGAGAAAGGAGGCGCAAGGAGAAGGAGGCGGAGGUGACGGCGAAGCCCCGGCUCGCGGACCCCGAGGCCUGGGCCAAGGCCAAGGACGAGGUUUCGACGCGGCGUCCUCGAUGGCGUGGAGAGGUGCCCAUACGCCAUCGCCGCUGCCGAGCGAGUGCCGAGACGCCAUCCAACCUUCGCGUCGAUGGCGUGAAUGGUGCCGAGACGCCAUCGACGCGACACUACCUCACCGGUCGCACCGAGAGAACGCCAUCGACGCGACGCUACAUCACACAGGCGCGGGCGGCGCGCGCCAAGGCGGAACUGGAAGAGCUCGAACGCGAACAGAUGAAGGAACUGCGCGAAGCCAAGAAAGAUCAGCUCCGCCGGCAGAAGGCCGACGAGAUCGCGGCCAUGCGCGCGGCGCUGAAGGCCCAAGCGCAACAGCGCGCGGCGAAGCGGGGCAAGCGAAAGGAUGGACGCAGGGCCACGGACCCCACGAAGGCGUCGCGCUUGGCCGCGCACAAGCGCGCUUUGGUGCCGGAACAGGCGUCGACCGUGGCCGACGAGGAGGAGGAGCGGCCCGUGACGGCCGAGGACCCGUACCGCGGCCUCGAGCCCUUCCGCCUCAACUCCGCCGCGCUGCGCAUCUUAGAUGGAGAGCGGGGCUCGUCGGACGACGAGGCGUCGAUCGCGUCCGAGGCGCGGGAAGCCGCCGACCGGCUCGACGAGACGCUCGCGGCCUCGCCUGUGCGCGAGGAGGACGACGUGGGCUUCUUCGACCCGACGUCGUCGGAGGAGCGCGGCCGGAAGCGAGUCCGGGACGCGCGGUUGUUCGAGCCGUCAAGUAUGCGGCGCGCCGUCGCCGAGGACGGCGUCGUGCUGCUGCUGGGCGAGCUGGCGGAGCACCCGCGCACGGAGCACGUCAUCUGCGUGCUGUUUGAUCGCUCCAAAUUCUCGGAGCGGGCGGCGCUGCAGUGGUGGCGCGAGGGCGGGCGGGAGGUGUGUGAGCGGUAA